GGCGCAGGGGCUGGGCUGCUCAGACUUUUAAAGGGUGCAGUGCUCUCGUUGACUGUGUGUUCCAGGUCGCCAGCUGUCCUCCUGCAACUAUGGCUUUCCCCGUGGGCUUUGGCUGGGGGGCGACCACCGCAGCUUACCAGGUGGAAGGAGGCUGGGAUGCAGAUGGAAAAGGCCCCAGUGUCUGGGACACAUUCAGCCAUCAGGGAGGAGAGAGAGUUUUCAAGAACCAGACUGGCGAUGUAGCUUGUGGCAGCUACACUCUGUGGGAGGAAGAUUUGAAAUGUAUCAAACAGCUUGGACUGACUCAUUACCGCUUCUCUCUUUCCUGGUCACGUCUGUUACCUGAUGGGGCGACAGGUUUCAUCAACCAGAAAGGAAUUGACUACUACAACAAGAUCAUCGACAAUUUGUUAGCAAACCGGGUCACGCCCAUCGUGGCGCUCUACCACUUCGACUUGCCUCAGGCCUUAGAAGACCGAGGAGGCUGGUUGGCAGAGGCAACCAUUGAAUCCUUUGACGAAUAUGCCCGCUUUUGCUUCAGUACGUUUGGGGAUCGCGUCAAGCAGUGGAUCACCAUCAAUGAGCCUAAAAUGUUUGUCCUGAUGGCAUACGAGGUAGGCACGUUUCCUCCCGGGGUACCUCACCCAGGAACUUCAGGCUAUCAGGCAGUGCAUAAUUUGAUUAAGGCCCACGUGAGAGCCUGGCGCAGCUAUGACUCCUUAUUCCGAAAAGAGCAGAAGGGCAUGGUGUCCCUCGCGUUGUUUGCUGGCUGGGUGGAACCAGCUGACCCCAACUCGGUGUCUGAUCAGGAAGCUGCUGAAAGAGCCUUGGCGUUCCACUUGGAUUUCUUUGCUAAACCCAUAUUUGUUGAUGGUGAUUAUCCAGAAGUUGUCAAGUCCCAGGUUGCCUCCAUGAGCCAAAAGCAGGGCUACCCAUCAUUGAGGCGUCCACAGUUUACAGAAGAAGAGAAGAGGAUGAUCAAAGGCACAGAUGAUUUCUUUGCUGUGCAGUAUUAUUCCAGUCGCCUCGUCAAGCACCAGGAGAACCAUAAAGGGGAACUGGGUAUUCUUCAGGAUGCAGAGAUUGAAACUUUUCCAGACCCGUCUUGGAUAAGUUUGGAUUGGGUCUAUGUGGUACCAUGGGGAAUCCGUGAACUAUUGAAAUACAUUAAGGAUACGUGUAAUAACCCUGUAAUUUACAUCACUGAGAAUGGGUUUCCCCAGGGUGACCCCGCGCCUCUUGAUGACACUCAGCGCUGGGUGUAUUUCAGACAGACGUUUCAGGAACUGUUCAAAGGCCAUAUGGUCCUGUCUGGAGCUUUCCUGGAUCUUUGGGUCAGUUCACUGUUGAAAGAUGGGCUUGCAAGGACCCACCUCUCGGAGCAGCUGUCAGAGCCCUAUCAGAACAAAUCUGCUUUUGCAUGAUUAUUUAUUUUAUGUGGCUCUCUGCAACGAACCCAGCCUCGCUCAGUAGCUGAAAUGUGCUGAGCAAAGUCUCUUCCCUGAACAGCUUGUGGCCGUAUCACCGAGCGGUGUCCUUCCUUGUCCUUAAGAGGCAGACUAGCGAGACUUGUACAGUAGGCCAGGACAGGCAGCCUGGGUGAAGUGUACCCCACCUGGGCCUGAACCUGGUGCCAGCAAUGUGAAAACUUACACGGGAGCAUUUUAAAGAGGUGUCAUCGUUCUUUCUUCUCAACUCUCUGUUACCCAAUUUCUUCUACUUUUUGACCCUGUGCAGGUACAGUGGCUGCAGUAAACAGGCACUGGAAGUGUUUUUUGUGGUGUUAUUGUGGCGAGGAUAAUGCUAAUGCUUGCUUCUUCUCCCUUCGUCAUUAACAAAAGGUGUCAUUGACUCCUCUGAGGAUGGCUUUUUAAGAAGCAUCUAAUAUAAUUUAUUCACCAUUUGUUGUAUAUGUAUAGGAAUAUCAGUAACUGACAAGGGACAUGAUCUUGAAGUCAAGUGAUGCUGGAAAAAUAUUCUGGCAUACAAAAUGAGCAGUGAGCUGGUCAGAUCGGCAGAAGAUAGUUCUUUCUCUUCAUUUGGACAAGGUGAAAUUUGGAGUUGAAUUUUAUCAACUUGGUCAAGAAAAUAGUCUUGCCAUCUUUAGAACUACUUUUCUUUAUUCUUUUCACCCAUAGGCUAAAUAUUCUUUUAGGCUAUUCUUAAAUUGCUCACAUUAUGUUCAGUAUUCCGUAUUUAUUUGUAGUUAUUAAUUUAUUUAAGCAGUAUUCAUUAAACACCUGUUCUUUACUAGCCACUAUGCUAAGCUUUGGGAAUAUAAGAUCAUGUGCUUCUUGCCCCCAUGGAGCUGAGAGUCUGGAGUACAAGGCAGGCACUGAACAAAUAGUUAACUUCACAUCUUAUUCACCUUAUGCAAGGGAAGUUAAGGGUGUUGAGUAGAGGCACAUAGUAGGGAACCUCAUUCUUCUGCUUGACUACUUGACCUUGAGGGCAAGGUCUACAUUAGAUUUUUUUUCCCCCUGUGAGAAUCACUCUGCCUAAAACAAUUAACUUGAGUGUAGUAGACACUUAAUAAAGUAUUUUGUAGUUGUAAGGAGGAAUGAAAGAGAGAAGCUACGAGGAAAGUGUUACUAUUAGUCCAUUUAUUUAAGGGUACAGUUUGACAAACUACAGUUCUAAAGCCUUAGAGCAAAAUGACACAUUUUUUCUUUGCCCUCACUUGUGGUUAUGCUGAUUUUUAUUCACCCAUGGUUCAUAUUUUUCCACUGACAGAGCCAUAGAACCCAGAACUUAGUCUUUCACCUGUAGAAAUACAGGACCCUGCUAUUUCCAUCUGGGGCAUCAACUACUUUCUUUGAGGGUUACCCUUAGGUAGCUGUAGUUACUAGAGAUUGGCUCUUUGUAGAUACACAUGGAUCGAUAUUCUUAUGGCCUAAAAAAUGAUAGCUAUUCCAAAGUGUGUACCUCAGACCUAGGGAUGAGGUUAUAUGGUGGAAUGUUUUCUUAUGGAGUUCUGCUGUGGUGGCUAAGGGACUUCUGGGACCAAGGGAUCAAACUCAGCACCAUGUCCAGGAGCAGAAUGACAUGGUGCAGUAGUAUUGAGGGCAUCCAGAUCUCUCAGGAAAGGGGUAACACUCAAGAGAAAUACCCUGGAAAAGCAGCCAAGAGUCAAAUACAGGCUCUUUGAGAUAUAUCAAAUAUCAGAGGUAAAGACUGGUAGCAGCAGCGGAGACUGUGGAGAAGCUUUUGGGAAAUAUCAAACAGCGGGAGGCCAGCAGGAAGUGAUGGGGAAUCUCAGAUCUCGGUAGAUGGAGAGUUGGAGUACCCAGGUUGGGGCUGGAAGCAGAGGCUGGUUUCCCGUGGAAUAGGGCCAGCCCAGAAAUGUACUAACAGGGAAUCAGGCCUGGGUGGGGACUUGGAGUGAAUGGCUUUUGAAGUCUUGGUUGUUGAGCUUGGAGAUACUAGGAUUCAAAUACCCAGAUGGGAAUCAAAGGGGAAAAUUCGAGAAGAGUAAAUACCCAGUGUGUCUGGAGAAAGGUGAGUGGAUGGCAGGAAGGAAAAGAUGUAGGAAAGAUAGGCAGAUGCCUGAUCACAUAGGUUAUUAAAGGUCAUAUAAGGAUUUGAAAUUUUGCACUAAGUGAAGCAAGAAGCCAUUGAGUGGGGGAGUUACACAGAGGAAGGACAUAGCUGAAAUAUUUUUUCAAAGAUUUACACUUUCUAGCUAUAUUGUGUACAAGGAUUGUGGCAGAGAGACCAAUAAGGAAGCAGUUGUGUUCGUUUAGAGAAACAGAAGAGUGGACAGAGGAGGAGCUGGCCACAGAAGGGCAGGGGAUAGGAUAAGGAAAAGGGAGAAUCUAGCAUGACUUACUUGUAGGAGUUUGUUCUGAAGAGCUGGUUGGGCGGUGCUAUUUAUUGGGACUAGAAAAGCUAGAGUAGAGGUAGGUUUGAGGAAUGGGUUGAAAACCAAGAGGCCUGUUUUAUACAUAAAUUUUAUUUACUUAUUUAAAAAUUUAUAAUUAAAA